GCCGCUGCCUUAGCUGCUGCCGCUGCUGUAGCCCGCGCAGACGCUGCGGCUGGCGUGCUGGGGCUGCGGGACUGCGGGGCUGCGGGCCCGGAGCGGGGCUCGGCGGCGCAGGCCGGCCAGGGGACGCCGGCGCCGAGCGACACACCAGCAUGAGACGGAGAUUAAUGUGACGGAAUCGGGUGGAUCAACAGCCAUCCCAUUGCCCCCUUUGUUGAGGGUGCUGAGAGUGGGGAAGCAUGGAGGACAGUAAGAAUGAGACCAUGAAUCGUGCUCACGUCCUUUUUGACCGGUUUGUGCAGGCCACCACCUGCAAGGGAACCCUUAAGGCCUUCCAAGAGCUAUGUGACCACCUAGAACUGAAGCCUAAGGACUACCGCUCCUUUUAUCACAAGCUCAAGUCCAAGCUUAACUACUGGAAAGCCAAAGCCCUGUGGGCAAAGUUGGACAAGCGGGGCAGCCACAAAGACUACAAAAAGGGAAAAGCAUGCACUAACACCAAGUGUCUCAUCAUUGGAGCUGGCCCCUGUGGUCUCCGUACAGCCAUUGACUUAUCCUUAUUGGGAGCUAAAGUGGUUGUUAUUGAGAAACGAGAUGCCUUCUCCCGCAACAAUGUCUUGCAUCUCUGGCCAUUCACCAUACAUGAUCUACGAGGUCUGGGUGCCAAGAAGUUCUAUGGCAAGUUCUGUGCUGGAGCUAUUGACCAUAUCAGUAUCCGUCAGCUUCAGCUAAUACUUUUGAAAGUAGCCUUGAUCCUAGGCAUUGAGAUCCAUGUCAAUGUGGAAUUCCAAGGCCUUGUACAGCCUCCUGAGGACCAAGAAAAUGAACGGAUAGGUUGGCGGGCACUUGUCCACCCCAAAACCCAUCCUGUGUCAGAAUAUGAAUUUGAAGUGAUCAUCGGAGGGGAUGGCCGUAGGAACACCUUGGAAGGAUUUCGCCGGAAAGAAUUUCGUGGCAAAUUGGCAAUUGCCAUUACAGCAAAUUUUAUUAACCGAAAUACAACAGCAGAAGCCAAAGUGGAAGAGAUCAGUGGUGUGGCUUUUAUUUUCAACCAAAAAUUUUUCCAGGAACUGAGAGAAGCCACAGGUAUCGACUUGGAGAAUAUUGUCUACUACAAAGAUGAUACACACUAUUUUGUUAUGACAGCCAAAAAGCAGAGUUUGCUAGACAAAGGGGUGAUACUGCAUGACUAUGCCGACACAGAGCUCUUGCUUUCCCGGGAGAACGUGGACCAAGAGGCUCUGCUGAACUAUGCCAGGGAGGCAGCGGACUUCUCCACUCAGCAGCAGCUGCCGUCUCUGGAUUUUGCCAUCAAUCACUAUGGGCAGCCUGACGUGGCCAUGUUCGACUUCACUUGUAUGUACGCCUCUGAGAAUGCUGCCUUGGUGCGGGAGCAGAAUGGACACCAGUUGUUAGUGGCUCUGGUUGGGGACAGCCUCCUAGAGCCUUUUUGGCCAAUGGGAACAGGAAUAGCCCGGGGCUUCCUUGCUGCUAUGGACUCUGCCUGGAUGGUACGAAGUUGGUCUCUGGGAACAAGCCCCUUGGAAGUCCUGGCUGAGAGGGAAAGUAUUUAUAGGUUGCUGCCUCAGACCACCCCUGAGAAUGUGAGUAAGAACUUCAGCCAAUACAGCAUAGACCCUGUCACCAGAUAUCCCAAUAUUAACAUCAACUUCCUCCGUCCAAGCCAGGUGCGUCAUUUAUAUGAUACUGGAGAAACAAAAGAUAUUCAUCUGGAAAUGGAGAACCUAGUGAAUUCCCGAACUACCCCAAAGUUGACUCGUAAUGAGUCUGUAGCUCGUUCAAGCAAACUACUGGGUUGGUGCCAAAGGCAGACAGAUGGCUAUGCAGGGGUAAAUGUGACAGAUCUCACCAUGUCCUGGAAAAGUGGACUGGCUCUGUGUGCGAUCAUCCAUAGAUACCGCCCUGAUCUGAUAGAUUUUGACUCUUUGGAUGAGCAAAAUGUGGAGAAGAAUAACCAGCUGGCCUUUGAUAUUGCUGAGAAAGAACUGGGCAUCUCUCCCAUCAUGACAGGCAAAGAAAUGGCCUCAGUGGGGGAGCCUGACAAGCUGACUAUGGUGAUGUACCUGACUCAGUUCUACGAGAUGUUCAAGGACUCACUCCCCUCCAGUGAUGCCUUGGACCUGAAUGCUGAGGAGAAAGCAGUCCUUAUAGCUAGCACCAAAUCUCCCAUCUCCUUCCUAAGCAAACUUGGGCAGACCAUCUCUCGGAAACGUUCUCCCAAGGAUAAAAAGGAAAAGGACUUGGAUGGUGCUGGAAAGAGGAGAAAGACCAGUCAGUCGGAAGAGGUUUUGGGUGUUGGUGUUUAUCAGGAGGAAGCACCCCGGGGCUACAGAGGAGGAAGGCCCACACUGGUGAGCACUCUGACAGACAGGAGGAUGGAUGUGGCCCUUGGCAAUCAGAACAAAGUGAAAUACAUGGCAACCCAGCUGCUGGCCAAAUUUGAAGAGAAUGCACCACCACAGUCCACUGGCAUGAGGAGACAGCCGACACAAGAGCGUGGGGUCAGCCAGCCGUCCUGCUGCCUACCUGAGCAGGGUCGCCCUGCUCCCACCCCCCAGUGGAAACAGCGACGGGAAAAGGAGUGUUCUCGGACCUGCCCCAAAAAAGUGAUCACACUCUCUCCUCCCCCUUCUCCACCUCCCUGUCGGGCGCCUGGCAGCCAGCAGACGUACAGGGAUCUUGAUGCUGACAGCCGUGGCAAGCAGAGUCCCCACCAUGAGAGGCCAGAGCCUGAACCUUCUCGCCGAUUUUUUGUUGACCAGUGGGAGCUUUCUCUUAGUCUUCGCUCCUCCAACCGCCCCGCCUCUCCCUCCUCUGACUCUCUCCGACAGAAGUAUAUAAAGAUGUACACUGGCGGAGUGAGCUCAUUGGCUGAGCAGAUAGCCAAUCAGCUUCAAAGGAAAGAACAGCCCAAAACCCUUCUAGACAAGAAGGAACUGGGCUCGAUAAAGAAGGAGUUCCCACAGAACUUAGGAGGCAGCGACACGUGCUACUUCUGUCAGAAGCGGGUCUACGUGAUGGAGAGGCUGAGUGCUGAGGGCAAGUUCUUCCAUCGGAGCUGCUUCAAAUGCGAGUACUGCGCCACUACCCUGCGCCUCUCGGCUUACGCCUAUGACAUCGAGGAUGGUAAAUUCUACUGCAAACCACACUACUGUUAUCGACUCUCCGGCUCCGCACAGAGGAAGAGACCGGCAGUGGCUCCUCUGUCUGGAAAGGAGGCCAGAGAACCCCUGCAGGAUGGCCCCACUGUGGACACAAAUGGACGGGCCAGCACCGUUGCCAGCCCUGCUGAGAGAACCCCAGGUUCAAGUGUGAAUGGCCUGGAAGAGCCUAGCAUUGCUAAGAGACUCAGGGGUACUCCUGAAAGGAUUGAGCUGGAGAACUACCGCCUGUCUGUGAAACAGGCAGAGGAGCUGGAGGAGGUGCCCGAGGAGACGCAGGCUGAGCACAACCUGAGCAGCGUGCUGGACAAAGGCGCAGAGGAGGACGUGGCCAGCAGCAGUUCUGAGUCCGAGAUGGAGGAAGAGGAGGAGGAGGAAGAGGAGCCAUUGCCCACCUCCGACCUGGGCGGUGUUCCUUGGAAGGAGGCUGUGAGGAUCCAUGCCCUUCUGAAAGGAAAGAGUGAAGAGGAGCUGGAGGCCUCAAAGAGCUACGAGCCUGGGAAUGAAGAGGAGGAAGAGGAAGAGUAUGAGGAGGAGGAGGAGGAGGAAGAGGAAGAAUAUGAGGAGGAAGAGGAAGAGUCUAGUGAAGAAGGGGAGUAUUGCCCCUGGGACAGAGAACUCCUGCAAAGCCAGUGGCUCCAGCAUCUGUCAAAGGAAGAAGAUACGGGUACAUGUAAAGUUGGGAGCCAGAGGCUACAGCAUAUCAUAAAUCCAGCCGACCCCUUGGAGAUCCAGGCUGAUGUGCACUGGACACAUAUUCGAGAGAAAGAGGAGGAGGAGCGAAUGGUACCAACCUCUGAGUCCUCCACUUCUAGAGUGCCUGACCUUCCCUCCAUUCGCCGCGCAGCAGUGCAGGCCUGGCUGGAGACAGUCUCCGGAGUCCCAUUUGAUGAGAAUGACCUGGAGGAAGAUGUGGACUCGGAGCCGGCAGAGAUAGAAGGGGAGGCAGCGGAGAAUGGGGACACAGGGGACACUGGUGCUGAGCUGGAUGAUGAUCAGCACUGGUCUGAUGAUAUCCCAUCAGAUGCCGAAACAGAGCUUCGCAUGCAGCACCAGGCAGCAGUGGAGGCGGAGCUGGAGCUGAGGGUAUCGGAAAAUGAGGAGCAACCUGCCACCAUACCAGGGCACCAGGAGAGAGGUCCCGCCCAAGUCCCCAGCCCUCCCCGAUCCCCUGAGGAGCAGGCUGGUCUGCUCUCCCCAGGCCACAGCCCUGAGGCAGAGGGGGCCCGAAUCCCACUUGCCUCUGUUGCUACCAAGGUGAAAUUGCCCAAGGAGAGCCUUUUCCCUGAGCCUUUGCUCCCCAAAGAGAAGCCCAAAGAAGAAGUGCCCAGUGAUGAGAGAGCUGUGCACUCUCCUAUCCGAUCACAGCCAGUGGCUCUGCCAGAAGCCAGGACACCUACCUCCCCAGUUAGUUCACAGCACCUGUCACCGCUGGCCACCUCUACCCCCACCACUACCCAGCUCCCCAUUUGCUCCCAACCCCAGCCUUCCUCUGAGGCCACUGUUCCAUCCCCCACCAAGUCCCCCAUAUGCUUCCAGCCCAUUCCAGCCAAAACACCCAUCCCCCUGGCUCCCCUCCCCUUGAAGACCCAAGGGGACACCAAGGACAGACUGGGCAGCCCUCUUGCUGUGGAUGAAGCCCUGAAGCGGAAUGACCUGGUGGCAGAGUUCUGGAUGAAGAGUGCCGAGAUCCGCCGUAGCCUCGGACUCACACCCGUGGAUCGGAGCAAGGUGUCCGAGUCCAGCUUCCCCUCCCCGGCCUUUAAACCAGUGUCCCUAAAAUCCUAUUCAGUUGAGAAGUCUCCUCAGAGUGAGGGGCUCCAGCUUCUAAAACCUCCACCUAUUCCUAAGAGGCUGGGCCUGCCGAAGUCAGAUGGCGACCAGCCCUCGCUGCCAACCCCCAAGUCCCCAUCUGACAGAGAGCUGAAAAGCUCCCAUGAGGAGAGGAGAGACCUGUCGAGCAGCUCUGGGUUGGGCCUUCAUGGGAGCUCCUCCAAUAUGAAGACCUUGGGCAGCCAGAGCUUCAACACCUCUGACUCCACCAUGCUCACUCCUCCUUCAAGCCCACCCCCACCCCCACCCCAGGAUGAGGAGCCCGCAACUCUUCGAAGGAAGCCAUAUCAUAUUUAUGAGCAUAAGGAGACCGAGCCCAAGGCCUCAGUAAUCCCACCCCCACCACCUGCAUCCUUUAUGAGGGCCCCCCGAGAGCCUGUCCAGCCCCCUCGAGAGGAGGUGCGGAAGUCGUUUGUGGAGAGUGUGGAUGAGAUCCCCUUUGCUGAUGACGUGGAGGACACCUAUGAUGACAAGACAGAGGACUCAAGUCUGCAGGAGAAGUUCUUCACACCCCCCUCUUGCUGGUCCCGCACCGAGAGGCCCCUCCAUCCACCCCUAACCAAGGAGAAUGGUAGGUUGCCUACUCUGGAGAGUGGGGUCCAGCCACAGAAGAGGGUCCUGCCCUUAGUCUCUCCAGAAGCCAAGGAGCUGGCUGAGGAGCGCAUGCGAGCCAGGGAGAAGUCUGUGAAGAGCCAGGCGUUGAGAGACGCUAUGGCCAAGCAGCUGAGUAGGAUGAAGGAGAUGGAGAUGGCAGCUGGGACCUCCAGGCCCCCAGGAGGCACCUCCCGCAAAGCCUCCUCAGUUCCCUCCAAGGGCAAAGAACUUGGCCUCGAGUCCCCUAAACGCCCAGUUCUCAAAGGCCCCAGGGAGCCCACCCUGAAGCAUGAAGCCACUAGUGAGGAGGUCCUCUCCCCUCCGUCGGACUCAGGGGGCCCAGAUGGUUCAGUCACCUCAUCCGAGGGCUCCAGUGGGAAGAGCAAGAAGAGAUCGUCACUCUUCUCCCCCCGCAGAAACAAGAAAGAGAAGAAGUCCAAAGGUGAGGGCCGGCCCCCAGAGAAACCCAGCCCAAACCUCCUGGAGGAAGCAGCCGCCAAACCCAAGUCCUUGUGGAAGUCAGUCUUUUCUGGGUAUAAGAAGGACAAGAAGAAGAAGGGUGAUGACAAGUCCUGUUCCAGCACCCCUUCCAGCAGUGCCACUGUGGACUCUGGCAAGCACAGGAUGUCUCCUGUCGUGAGAACAGAGCUGCAGCUGCGGCGCCAGUUGAGUUUCUCAGAGGAUUCUGACCUCUCCAGUGACGACAUCCUUGAGAGGUCCUCCCAGAAGUCCAGGCGAGAGUUGAUUUAUGUACCACACGCCUUGGCAUUCAGGAGAUCAUAUGCAUCAAAGCCAAGAACUUACACAGAGGAGGAACUGAACGCCAAGCUGACCCGGCGUGUGCAGAAGGCAGCUAGGAGGCAGGCCAAGCAAGAGGAACUGAAGCGGCUACACCGAGCUCAGAUUAUCCAGCGGCAGCUGGAGCAGGUGGAGGAGAAGCAGAGGCAGCUGGAGGAAAGAGGGGUUGCUGUGGAGAAGGCACUCCGUGGUGAAGCAGACUAUUGGGGAGAGUCUUAUUACAGUGACCUCAUCGACUUGCAUCUGGGUGGCAUGGGCAAGAAAGAUGACCCCAAGCUGAUGCAGGAGUGGUUCAAGUUGGUGCAAGAGAAAAAUGCCAUGGUGCGCUACGAGUCAGAGCUGAUGAUUUUUGCCCGGGAGCUGGAACUUGAGGACCGGCAGAGCCGACUGCAGCAGGAACUUCGGGAGCGGAUGGCUGUGGAAGAUCACCUGAAAACCGAGGAGGAGUUGUCAGAGGAGAAGAAGAUCUUGAACGAGAUGCUGGAGGUGGUGGAGCAGAGAGAUGCCCUCGUGGCCCUGCUAGAGGAGCAGCGGCUCCGGGAAAAAGAGGAGGACAAAGACCUGGAGGCCGUCAUGCUGUCUAAAGGCUUCAGCCUGAACUGGUCCUGAGUUGUACCCAUGCUCUGGCUGGCUGGUCUGUGGCAUCUGCCUGACCCAAGCUGGGUUCUUCCAAAAACCACCCGGAUGCAAGAUCUGAGAAGACCUGGCACCUCCUGGGAGUUUACACUGAAAUGUCUACGUGCCUCUUGAAAAGUGGGUCAAAUGUCUGUGCUAUGGGGAACCCCAGGUGAGGAUGAUUAUCUGAGGUGGCGGAGCCUCCUUGGAAGAGGCCCACCCUGACUUCCCGCUCCAGAGAGAGAGGAACACAGAGCAUUUGACACGUAACGCAGGAAAAGGAGAACCUGCACGCUCCCCAAGGACGCACGGUGACUGGUGCCCCUUCCACGGGAGGAGGUAAGAGGCGGAAGCUGCCCCCUCUCUGGCAGAACCACAGCCGCCAGGGUGUGCCUCCACAGAGCAGAAGGGACGGCCAUCGUCUUCGUGCUCCCUGAAGCACCACCAAAGAAAUGAAGAACACCCCCCAGGAGGCAAGAUGUGAAUCAAAACCUGGGAGGGGGCAGUGGCCAGCAGGUCAGUGCCUACGCCAGCAUCACAGGGGGACCUGAAGGCGGGCUGGCUCCCCAAUUCAUUAUGCAAGAAGGAGGACCCAGGAGGGAUCUGCUCCCCGGCACCCCCGCACCACACACUGGACCCCUGGUGGCCAAAUGUCCCAGGCCUCUCUCUGGCUCUGGCCUGAGGCCUGUGGAUUGCUGCAUUCUGCUUUUAAUUCACAACAAUUUUGACACUGGAAAAUACUGACUUUGGGGGACAGGAGGAGGCCCGACAUUUCAAGCCCCCACUUGACAGACAGGCGUUGUCACUGUUCAACGCUUCACGUCGGGGCAGGAGAUUAUCUUUUUCCUUGACGUUUUUCCUGUGUUUGCACAUUGAAAUGAAGCUGACAACCUGGCAAGACGCUCAGCCGCUUCGGACCCUUUUUGUCAAUUAACUUAUUUUUUUAAUACUUGAAAAGAAGUAACUUCAUUUUUAUAUCUUUACUAGAGACACUGAUCACGUGGCACCCGGUGUAGGAGUGACGGGGGUGUCUGCUGCGUCCUACACAGUCCCAUCCCAAACUGACUGAAUGCUGUUACAGCUGUCUAUUUAUUAGCCUUCUUCAUCGUGUUGCUGACCCAGUUGGCAUUAGGGAGCAGCUGAGACCCUUGUGUGGGUUCUUGGUUGUAGCUCUUCUGUCCCCUCCUGUACUUUGUGUCUGGCACCUUCUCCUUCACCUGGCUUACUCUUACUGUGGUACCAAACUUUUGUGUCUGCACCAUUCAUCUGUCAGGGGUACAUUUCAGCACUGUUUGAGGCCAGGCCAAAAGGCACAGAUGUCACUCACCUCUCUCUAUUGAACCCUGGCUCUGCAGAA